AUGAAUCUUGAAUUGUAUAAAGAUUAUGGUACUGUUUGUCAUGCAAUAUGUGUAUCAUUAAGUCAUAAAAAUAAUAGCACUGUAUCUCAAAUACAUAGCAGUAUUUUUAAUUCUGACAUAUCACUUAUUUACCAAGGAUUGGCAUUAUUAAUACAAAGAAAUAUAGUUUCUUAUUACAAACUUAACUCAAAGCUUUAUUAUACGUUUACACCCAACAGAAGAUUGUAUUAUAAUUUAUACUUAUCAUAUAUUAGAAGUAUUUAUGACAUUACAAAUUAUAAACAUUUUUUUACCGUUUUAUUAUCUGGAUCAUACAAAUUAAUUAAUACUGAAUUAGAUAUUUAUAAAGAUGAUUAUAUUAUUACUAUUCCAGUAUUUAGAUCCAUAAAGAGAUCUAAAUCUAAUAUUUAUACAGUUAAUUACGAGAAGCUUGAUAAAGCCUUAGUAGAUCAGUACACUAUUCAAUUAAUAAAAAAUAGAUACACAAGAUCUAUGUCAGAAGUGUACAAAGCUGUGUGUAAAUGUUCUGAUAUUACUGUGCAAAAUGUCUUAAAUAGCUUAGAAAGUAGUAAUAUAUUAAUUAAAGAUAAUAUAUCAUAUAUUAAUGAUAUUAGUAAUAUUGAAGAAUACCUUAAAUAUUUACUUAACUUUGGUGUGAUUAAUAAAGAUGUAGAGACAGGUAAAUAUGUAAAGGGGAAUACUAAAGAGUUAUUAAUGAAAACAGAAAUAUGUAAAAUAUUUAAACAUGAAAAAGUAAUAUUUAAUUUACUAUCUAAUGUGGAACAUAUAAAAGAUAGCGAAAUUGCUAAGAAUUGUCUGUUUAAUGAUUAUAAAAGAAGAUUAUUUUCAUUAAUGAAGUAUAAGAGUGUUUAUACUGAAGGGGGAGAUACUUGGGUGUUUAAUAAAAAAUGGAAUAUUGGAAUUUGCAGGGAAAUUGAUUGUGAAAUCAACAAGCGGCUUAUUAAUAUAAAUAAAUUGUAUGAGGAAGGAAGUAUUUAUGAUAAUGAAGAAUUUAUAGUCAGUUGUUGUGAAGUGAAUUAUCUUAGCAUGUUAAAUUUUAUAUUUAAUUAA